AUGUACGAUUCUCAUUUGAGGAAAAUAUUUGGCAGCCAAACAGACCAAUUCCGCCAGUCAAAGGUGUUGAUGGUUGGUGCCGGAGGAAUUGGGUGCGAAUUGCUCAAGGACCUUCUUCUGAUGAACUACGGCGAGAUACAUAUAUUGGAUCUUGACACAAUCGACCUGUCCAACCUCAACAGACAGUUUCUGUUCCGCCAAAAAGACAUCAAGAAGUCCAAGGCCAUGACUGCACAGCAGGCUGUUAGUCAUUUUAACCACGCCAGCAAACUGGUUGCGCAUCACGGAAAUAUCAUGGACACAAACAUGUUUCCGUUGAGCUUUUUCACCCAGUUCGACAUCAUCUUCAAUGCGCUAGACAAUUUGGAAGCCAGAUUCUAUGUCAACAAAAUUGCACUCUUCACAAAAAUCCCACUCAUCGAGAGCGGAACGUCGGGAUUGAAAGGCCAAGUUCAACCCAUCUACCCCUACGAAACAGAGUGUUUUGCGUGCAUUCCUAAAGAACAGCCUAAAACGUUUCCCGUGUGUACUAUUCGUUCGACGCCUUCCAAACCGAUUCAUUGCAUCACUUGGGCAAAAAACUUCCUGUUCCCACAGCUCUUUGGAGACGAUGUUUCCGACCAGGAUAAGCUAAAGCCACAAGACAUUGAGAGCGAUAACAAGGCUGAAAUAGAAGCGUUACUAAAAGAAUCAAAUGAGUUACUGGAUCUUAAAGUUCUGGUCAACCAAGCUGCUCCGGGAGAUAAGAGCUUUGUGUCUAAAAUUGUUGAAAAGAUCUUCAAAGAGGACAUUGAGAGACUCUUACGGAUUGAGACUCUGUGGAAAACGAGGGAGAAGCCGGAGCCUUUGAGAUGCGAACCAGCCACGAUUGAGCGUCUCGAUGGACAAGAACUUUGGACGGUGGAGGAGAAUCUUGCGCUUUUUAUUGACUCCACCAGCAAAAUCGCCCAGAGACUCAAGCAGGGUCCUGUCGACUUUGACAAGGACGACGAGGACACUUUGGACUUUGUGGUUUCUGCGGCCAAUCUGCGGUCGUAUAUUUUCCACAUUCCAAUGAAAACAAAGUUUGAGAUCAAACAAAUAGCAGGAAACAUCAUUCCUGCGGUGGCCACCACCAAUGCCAUCAUGGCUGGAUUCAGCGCGCUUUCUUCAUUCCAUGUUUUUCACGCGACGAUGAAAGAAAAGGUUUCCAAGUCGAGAAUGGUGUAUGACUCGAAUCAGCCCACCAGGUUUGUGAACACAUCUGGGCUGGCUCCUAGAAACCCUAAAUGUCCAGCAUGUUCUGUCACUAGGGGAAUAAUCACAAUAGACCUUUCAAGAUUCACAAUUGAUGAGCUGCGCAAAGCGAUCAUUGACAAAUAUGGAUAUUCAGAUGACAUUGGGAUCGCAGAAGGAACGAGACUUCUCUAUGAUUACGACUUUGACGAUAACUUGGAAACAAAGCUGGAUAAAGUCUGCUCUUACGGCAAUGUGUUAUUUAUCAGUGAUGCUGAUGAUGAGCUAGACUCCUUGGAAUUAUUGGUCGAUAGAGGAGAUGACUUGGAACUGCCAGAGCUAGAGGUUCCUGCGAAAAUGGUGCCAGAAGAAAAUAAGGAGGAAGAAGGUGAGGAAGACGAUCUGAUCAUGGAGGGAGACGAUCUCAUUAUGGAGAGUGACAUAAAUGGGCUGGACGGUCCUAAACGUAAGGCCGAGGACAGCACGAGCCCAGUGAAGAAGAGAAAACUAGUGGCGGACGAAGUUGAAGUCAUAGAACUGUAA